UCAAACUGCAGUAUAUCUCAUUAUGUUUGCGCGGGUUCGCGCGCGUCGCUGUGCGUGAGUGAGUUUCCCGCGACGCUCGCGGACGUUAGUAGCUGUUGUUUCCAGAGAAACUCUCGCAUGGACACCGAAUUAAACUCGAUCAGAAACUCCGGUGGACGGCUGAAGAGCGUUUGGUGCUGAUGUGGGAGUGAUCAGAUCGGAUCGGAUCAGCGCUGCACUCCAAUGAUGAGCUUCACUAGAACUGUCCUGCACUGGAAUGGUCUGUGGCAAACAUGUGUGUUGCCAUGGUGAUUAUUCACACUUAAACACUGGAAAAGAAGACCGUCGAUGAUGUAGCAUCCACAGAGUCUCUGCAGCUGCAUGAGCCGCCGACCAUGAGCCAGGGGACGACCCUCUUCUCCUGCGGGAUUAUGGAGUCUGGACGCUGGCCGGAGGUGUGUGGUGUCCAGCCGCGGCCCGUGGGCUCCAGUCUGGAGAGUCUGUGGGACAGUGUGCGAGAGACGAGUGCCGGCGGCGGGAUCAGCGGUCUGCUGCACGAUCUGAGUCUGAGCGAAGCGCCCUCUGCUGGCAGCGCCGCGCCGCCCAGUAAACGCCAGUGCCGCUCGCUGUCCUGCUCGGAGGAGCUGGGCUGCCGCUCCUCGUGGCGUCCGCAGGGGUCGCGCGUCUGGACGGCGGUGGAGAAGCGGCGCUGCCUCAGCGGGGGGAGCGUUCAGCGCGGCACAUUCGCUCCGGCCGGGUUUCCCUCCAUGCAGCGCAGCUCCAGCUUCAGCCUUCCGGCCCGCACCGAUCCACCGGAGCCCUUCGCCUUCUCUUUCUCCAUGUCCCCGCAGACGCUCUACCUCUCGCAGGAACACAUCUGCCCCGCCGAGUCUUCACCCGACUCCACGCCCGAGCAGCAGCGCCGCAGACAGGGACUCGCACGCAGCCGGUCACAGCCCUGCGUCCACAGCAACAAGAAGACCGGUGUGAAGCGCAGGAGACCAGCGGACUCUCACAAACACAGACCUUCACUGGACCUGCUCAAGAUGACACAGAAGCUGCAGGACUUCCACAGUCUCAGCUGUCCAGGAAUCACAGGAGACGAGCUCCACACCGAGGGUGACGUCACGCUCCACCAGCACCAGACCAAAGACGACGCCGUCAUCCACCAAUCAGAGGCCAGCUGGCCAGCGGGGCGGAGCAAUGGGAAGGAGCGCGAGUGUCUGUGGGCGGGGCUCUGCAGCCGGAGUGGGCGGGACUCACUCCAGCUGGGCGGAGAACUGGACAUCGAGCAGAUCGAGAGGAACUGAGGUGAUUCCUGUUGGAUGAUUAUGGACGAGCGCUUCAGUGAGUGGACGAGGAACACAUGUAAUCAACUCAGGGUCAAGCAGACGGAGAACGCCACGUCUUCAGAGCGAGAGCCGAGCUCCGCAUGCCUUUAGAUUAGCCAAUGUGAGAAACACUCAUGCUCACACACACACAGAUACACUCACUCUCACACACACGCACACACACUCACUCUCACACACACACUCUCUCUCACACACACACACACACACACACACACACAC